AUGGAAUUGAUGAACAAAGAUCUAUUGACGUUGAAAAUCAAUAUGAACAAGGAUUUGAUAUCUUACAAACAAGAUCCUGCACUGGUUGCCGCGAUUAAUAAACUUUAUAGUCGCAACGACGCAAUGAAUGUCCCGUCGCUUUUACCGGAACGUAAAUUGGACUUUGAUGAAGUUCAGAGACUUUUGAAGCCCGCUGUUGUUAAUAAAGUUGAUUCUAAACCAAUAACUGUACAAAAAGGAAAUGAAAAUAAAGCAGUCAUUAUAAAGAAGAUUGAAAAUAUUCUAAAAAACAUCGAUAAUAGUGCAGAAAGAGGCGUCUCACCGAAACUUGUAAUAAGAAACCAAAGAUUAUGGAGCAACUGCAUUUAUGAUUUAGAUCGUGUAACAUUGAAAUCCAUGAAUAGCGCUAAAACGACAAAAUUAGUGUAUUCAAACAACGAAGAUAAAACCCGUUUCAACAUGAUAGUGUUUGUUUUGACCAAAAUACAUGAACUAUUGAGCAAGAAUAUAACAGUUACUAGACGUGAGUUAUUCUAUCAGAAUGUAAGUAGAUUUGUAAGUCAAACUAAAUUAGAUACGGCUGUAAGGGACGCGUGCUGUUUGUUGGAAACACCGCCAUGGAGUCUGGGCGUCGUGGCGACAGCUAAGGGUCUGAUAGCUGGUCCUAUAAAGAUAUACAAUAGUGAUGGCUCCAUACUUGACUGUAAUGUGGCCGGAGGUACUUUAAUACCACAAGAUAUUGUAGGUAUCACUAAGUUUGAGACAACAGCCAAGUACAUACUGCUGGUGGAGAAAGACGCGAUCUUCCAGAAGCUACUUGAUGAAGGGGCAUUGAUUCGAUUGGCUCCUGUCAUUAUAUUAACGGGUAAAGGUUACCCGGAUGUCUGUACCCGUCAGUUGUUGUACCGUCUCGUGUGUGAGCUCCGUCUUCAAGCCCUGGCGCUGGUGGAUGCUGAUCCACACGGCUAUGAGAUAUAUCUUACUUAUAAAUACGGCUCACUUGCACAAUCUCACUUAUCUGAUUCCCUGGCGUGUACCAGUCUGUUGUUACUGGGAGCGAGCUACCAGGACUUGAUGACGCUGGUACCAACACCAGCUAGAUUGACACUCACAGCUAUAGACAGACGGAAACUAACCGCACUCAUUAAUCGACCGUAUUUAAAUACACCGAUAGGAGGUCCCAUCAAAGAGGAUCUAAGGAGGAUGUUAGAGCGAGGUCUGAAGGCGGAAUUGGAGGCUGUAGUCCCUUAUUCAGUAGCUAUGUCCGAUUCUUAUAUACCUUCUAAGAUUAUAGCCGCAGAUUUUUUGGGUUGA